AUGCCACUUCAUCUCCUUGGCAAGAAGUCAUGGAACGUUUACAACCCUGAGAACGUCGCUCGCGUUAAGCGUGAUGAGGCCCAAGCGAAGGCUCUCGAGGAGGAAGAUGAGCGCCGCAUGCAGGAAGUUGAUGCCGAGCGAAGGAUCCGGAUACUACGUGGAGAAAGAGUGCCUACGCCCCCUCCACCGCCGCCCACGCGUCUUGCGUCAGAGGCUCUCAGUCGACCAGAACGAACAUCAGCAGACGAAGCUGGAAGAACUCGCAAAAGAAGACGCAUUGCCGGGGAGGAUGAUACUGUAAGAGAUAUACGAUUCGCGCGAGAAGAUGCGGAGCAAGCCAGUGCUAAACGGGCGGAAUCAACGGUCGCGGCCCUUCGAAAGAACAAGAAGUCAGACGCCCCGAUCUUGGACCGCGACGGUCAUAUCAACCUCUUCCCCGCUGAAGGGAGCAACAAGCAUGCGGCGAAAAACAAAGAAGCCGAGGCCGAAGCCCAGAAAGAAAAGCGAAGCUUUGAAGAUCAAUAUACGAUGCGCUUCUCCAACGCGGCGGGCUUCAAGCAGUCAAUCGGUCAGGACCCUUGGUAUUCAUCUUCAGCACAGGCGGUGGACGCCCCUGACACAAGAUCAAAAAAUGUAUGGGGGAAUGAGGAUCCUAUGCGUAAAGAGCGAGAGAAAGUCAGGAUGGAUGCCAAUGAUCCUCUCGCAGCUAUGAAGCGCGGUAUUCGGCAGUUGAAAGCGACUGAACAAGAGCGAAAGCGAUGGAAUGAGGAGAAGAAGAAGGAGCUCGAAGCGCUCAAAUCCGAGCAGGGAAGUCGGGAUCGUUCGAGCCAUCACCGACGAAGACGGUCAAGAUCUGUUGAUAGCCUUGAGGGUUUCAAGCUCGGUGCACCAGCCGUGAAAGAUCGAGAUGGCAAAAACCAUGGAACUUCGCGGCGGCAUCAUCAUCGCCACCAUCGAGACCGAAGCCGCGAUAGGCACGGAGAAAUUCUAUCUCGACGGUCACAUCGCUCGUCGGAUCGUACCAACCGUCGACGCGAUGAAACCCAUGGAACCCAGCGUUCUCGAAGGCCAGAGAAUGAAGCCGGGUAUGCAAAGCGUUGA